ACAGAUAAAUAUCCCACCGAGCCGAGCAGCUCUUCACUCUACAACAAGACGAAACCGCAACCAGUGGCCACGGCAACAUGGCUCCAUCACUUCUAGCAGCAGCAGGAGGACUUGUGUUACUUUUCUCCUUCUCGUCAGCACAAAUCCGAGGAGACAAUGUGGCAACAUGUAACCCAAAUGAUGGCUUUGGAAAGUACUGCCCUACUACAUGUGGAGUGGCUGAUUAUUUGCUGAGGUAUAUGCCAGGAGUGGAGAAUGAUUUGGACGAUAUGCAAAGUCAGCUGGAAACUAUUGCCAAUUUGACUCAAGGAGCAGAAAGCACGAUUACCUACAUGAAAGAUUCGACUACUUCAGCUCAAAAAUCAGCCCAGCCAGACCCAUACUUCAAAAAGUCAACAAAUAUGCUGGAUGAUGUUCUUCGAUUUGAAAAAACCAUCAUUGCACAGGAACAGCAAAUAUUUGAACUUCAGAACUUAUUGGCAUCCAAUGAGCGAAGAAUGGCCGACCUGAAACAGCUGUCCAUUCAGCUGCAGCAGAAAUGCAACGAGCCCUGCAAAGACACCGUCGAGAUCCAAACCACCACAGGAACAGACUGCCAGGACAUUGCAAACAAAGGUGCCACCACCAGCGGUCUUUACUAUGUGAGGCCAGAGAAGGCAACAGAGCAAUUCCUGGUUUACUGUGAGAUUGACAGCUUUGGACGUGGCUUCACAGUAAUACAAAGGAGACGUGACGGCAGCGUGGACUUCCACAAGGACUGGAUCCAGUACAAGGAGGGCUUCGGUUAUCUCUCCCCAGAUGACACCACGGAGUUCUGGCUUGGCAACGAGAAGAUCCACCUGCUGACUGCCACCUCCAGCACCAUCCCAACUGUGCUGAGGAUAGAGCUUGUUGACUGGGACGGCAACAAGAGGUACGCCGACUACAACAUGUUCAGAAUCGGGUCGGAGGCCGAUAUGUACCGUCUGACCUACGGUUUCUACUUUGGCGGUGACGCAGGAGACGCUUUCAGUGGCUUCGACUUUGGAGACGACCCCAGUGACAAGUUCUACACAUCGCACAACGGCAUGCAGUUCAGCACUUUCGACAAGGACAACGACAAGUACGACGGCAACUGUGCUCUGCAGGACGGCUCUGGCUGGUGGAUGAACAGAUGUCAUGCCGCACAUUUGAAUGGAAAAUACUACCAGGGUGGCAGGUACACAGAGAAGGAUGCAGGGGAGUUUGGCUAUGACAACGGCAUUAUUUGGGUCACCUGGCACAACCGCUGGUACUCCCUGAAAGAGACCACCAUGAAGAUCAUCCCCCUCAGCCGCCUCACAGCAGGAGGUGGGCAGCAGGCCGGCGUCAAACAGUUCGGUGGACUGGGAUCUUAAACAUCAGACGUGCACUCGUUGUGUUCAACCAUGAAACCACUUUACAUCAAAUAAAAUGCCUCCCUGGAAAAUUUCUGAUUAUUAUGAUUUGUCUUUCUGUGAUGUUUGCGUGUCCCAGUCGUCUGACCCAGCAGGACACUGAUGUUUCCUUCUCUACUGUUGUUUUAAGCACUAAUAAAUGUCUUUUCUCUAAUAA